UCUUCAGAUAGUUUGGCAUAUAUCUCAAAUCUGUUUUAGUAUACGUUUCUAAUGUUAAUUCUAUUUUUAUAUGUUUUCUUUCACUGCAUUUGAUGUUUUCAUGGCUUUAUGCAUUUGUCCCUCUGUAUAACAAAUCAAUCUAUCAUAUAUUUCGCAUUAUUUUAUCUUUUGUUUCUCUGUGUAUUUACUGUCUCCAAAUGCUCAAGUUUUAAUCAGUUCCUUAUUUUUCCAAUGAUUAUGAUACCUUGUUUUCUUCCCACAGGAAUGAAGUAGGGAUAACCAAAAAAGGUAAUUCACAAUGAAGAAGCCAUGAAAGGGACAAAUGUUAGCAACCCAGCAGGUUUCAUCUUACUGGGUUUUUCUGAUCAGCCCCAGUUGGAGAUGGUUCUCCUUCCAGUCAUCUCUGUCAUAUACAUUCUGACAUUGAUGGGGAAUGCAGCCAUCAUACUGGUCUCAUACUUGAACCCCAAACUCCACACACCCAUGUACUUCUUCCUCUCUAAUCUCUCCUUCCUGGACCUCUGUUUCACUACCAGUAUUGCCCCACAGUUGCUUUGGAAUCUCAAGGGCCCUGAGAAGACCAUUAGCUACACUGGUUGUGUGAUCCAGCUAUACAUUGCUUUGGGGCUGGGCUCCACGGAGUGUAUCCUUCUAACUGUUACGGCCUAUGACCGCUUCAAUGCUAUCUGUCGACCCCUUCACUAUGGUGUCAUCAUGCACCCCAAGCUUCUUCGGCAACUAGCAGCUGUGGCCUGGAUCAGUGGUUUUGUGGAGUCCACAGUUCAGACCAUCCUUGUUUUCCAGUUGCCUCUCUGCAGCCACCACACAAUGGAUGAUUUUAUGUGUGAGGAGCCUGCACUUAUUAAAAUUGCCUGUGUGGACACAACCUUCCUGGAAUAUGAGCUCUCUGUAGCUAGUGUCCUCUUUGUGGUUAUACCUCUGGGACUUAUUUUGGUCUCCUAUGGCUGCAUUGUGAGGAGUGUGCUGAGAAUAAAAUCAGUUGAAGGCAGAAGGAAAGCAUUUGGGACCUGUGGGUCUCACAUGGUUGUUGUGGUUUUGUUCUUUGGAACUGUAAUUUCUGUCUACGUACAACCCAAGAGCAAGUACACACAGAAGCACAGUAAAUUCCUCACUCUCUUCUAUACUGUAGUGACUCCCUCAUUUAAUCCUUUGAUCUAUACCUUGAGAAACAAAGAGGUUAAGUGGGCUGUGAAAAGGCUGCUAGCAAGUGACCUGAAAUAGGGAGAAACGUGAAAUAUACUUGUCUCAGGAAAAGACAAUUUUCAUUGCAGUCAGCGAGACAGAGGCAUAAGAGGCUGACCAUACUAUCUAAUUUAAACCUGGAUUCUAGGCUAACAGCUAUAUUUUUUGAGAAAAACCUAUUUUUCCUCAGGGGUCAAAACCAGGAUGUGAAAACAUAUGCCUCACAGUAUCUUAACCAAGUGACCAUCUAAACCCUUCAAAAUACCGGUAUUCUGGAAGAGUGCUGUCUGAGUUUUGGUGUCAGCAAGGUAUUUUUUUCUUUUUACAAGAC